CGGCAGCCAGCGGAGGGAGGCUGGUCGGUUAGCUGGUGUCACUGGGUCAGAGUUUCUCUCUCGCACAUGCUGCACAGAGGCGAAGGGGAGCUCUUCUGCACAGGAAGCGUCUGCAUGCACUGAGGAAAAACCCAAAACGCAGACCCCCCCACCGCCUGCUACCUGGCAUACGUGUGUGUGUGAUUUCGAGAGGACUCACGACUACAGAUACCACGGACCGCUCUUUACUGGACGUUUUCUUCCUGAAUGCGGAGAGGGUGGAGUCGUUUUGACAGGGGGCAGCUCUCCGUUGGCCAGCCGAGGGGAGAAAAUGUCACGCAGGGACCAGCGGUUCAGGAGAGGAAUGAAGGGGAGGUGCUGUGACUGCGGAUGCAUCCUGUCUCAUUGGUACUACGAGAGAGAUGGACAGCUCUUCUGUAAAAAGCACUACUGGGCCCAUUAUGGCGAGCACUGCCACGGAUGCAAGGAGGCCAUCACAACGGGGCUCAUCAUGGUGGCCGGAGAGGAGAAGUUUCACCCCGAGUGUUUCGCUUGCGUGAGCUGUGGGGCGUUUAUUGGGAUCGAAGAGAUGUUCACGCUGGUGGAGCGCUCCAAACUCUACUGUGGUCACUGUGCCUCCCAGGGCGUUACAUCAGCUGUGAGACGGUCCGUCUCUCCGCUGACCAGGAGUCCACACAUGGUGGCGCUGGUGUCCGUCCCUCCCUGUGCAGGUGGCAAACGAGGUCUUGCAGUCACCUCAGACCUCUGCCAAGACAGAAGACCUCAUGUGACUGUGACAGAACUCGACUCAGCCCUCCUCACCCCUGACCUGCAGUCCUCCAUUCACACUGGGGAUCGAGUGCUGGAGGUCAACGGCAUCCCAGUCUGCAACAUUUCCCUAGAUGAGAUAAACCGGGUGAUCCAGGACACCAACAGACCGCUGCAACUGACAAUAGAGCACAACCCCCAGCCGCCUGAGAACCCCAACACCUCCGACAAUACCCAGGACACCGUCAGCCAUCUUGACGGCCGUGUCCGUGACAGCAUCAGCGGAAACCAUAAACUCCCCAGUCUAGAGGAGGAACCAAAUCCGGAGGAGGAAACGGACGAACCAAUCAGAAUCAAUGUCUCGUCCCCUCAGCAGCAAGGAGGCAUGGGCAUGCGUUCAAGGAACAUCCUACGUAGCUGUAGCAUAGACAAGUGUCCCCUCCCUGCUGGUGCGAUGGGUCUCCUGUCCCAACGGAGGGACAUGGUUCGCUCCGAGUCCCUGCGUGUGGACCCCGGAGACAGGACCCACCGUAUAUUCAGACCUUCAGACCUCAUCCAUGGCGAGGUGCUGGGAAAGGGCUGCUUUGGACGGGCUGUGAAGGUAACGCACCAGGAAACAGGGGAGGUGAUGGUCAUGAAGGAGCUGAUACGAUUUGAUGAAGAGACGCAGAAAACCUUUUUAAAAGAGGUAAAGGUGAUGCGGUGUCUUGACCAUCCCAACGUGCUCAAGUUUAUUGGACUUUUUUACAAAGACAAACGGUUAAACGUCAUCUCCGAAUACGUCCAGGGGGGGACUCUCAGAGAGACCAUUGAAAAUAUGGAUAAAGAUUUCCCCUGGAAUGUGAGAGUGAGUUUUGCCAAAGACAUCGCAGCUGGAAUGGCAUAUCUACACUCCAUGAAUGUCAUCCACAGAGAUCUAAACUCACACAACUGCCUGGUCAGAGAGAACCAGAGUGCGGUGGUGGCAGACUUUGGGUUGGCGAGGUUGGUGAUGGAGGAGAGGAGACAGAAUAGAGUACCCUCCAUAGAGAGACCCAUGAAAGGGAGACUGCCAGAGCUCCGCAGACCUGACCGGAGGAAGAGAUACACAGUGGUAGGAAACCCCUACUGGAUGGCACCUGAGAUGAUCCACGGAAAGACAUAUGAUGAACGGGUCGACAUCUUCUCAUUUGGCAUCAUGAUGUGUGAGAUAAUAGGAAGAGUGAGUGCAGACCCUGACUACCUACCCCGCAACGCAAACUUUGGGCUCAAUGUGCCUGGUUUCCUGGACCAAUACCACCCUCCAGAAUGCCCUUCUGCUUUCCUGCCCCUGGCUGCCCUCUGCUGUGACCUGGAGGCAGAUACACGUCCUGCCUUCGCAAAGUUAGACGAGUGGCUUGAAAACCUGUUGAUGCAUCUGGACAUUGGUCUUCCUCUGCUGACCGAAUUGGAGCAGCACCGCAGGGCCUUUUGGCAGAACCACAGCUCUCACAACCAGACCCUUUCACCCGGCAAUAACCACUCUCCACAGACACAGAGACGCAGCCUUGACUCUCAUGGUUAUUCAGACAUCAUCAGCAACCACUUGCAGCCUGAUCACCUAACUAACUCCUCUCAAAACAGCACUCACCACAGUCAUACGGAUACCACGCAGAACAAACCCAACCACAGAGACACAGGAAGUAACCACAGCCACUCCUGCUUCAACGAGGAACACGUGAACCGCUCACAACUCAACAAAAAUGACAUUUCUAAGAGGCAAUAUGAACACAACAACCACUCCGAGUAUCUGAAUCCACAGCACGAGCCUUCACAGCAGCAGGAGGGCCACAGGCCGCCGGCAGGCCAGUCCCACAGGCCCAGGAGGAUAUGCAGGGUCGUGUGGGACAGGACCACAGAGGACAGCUCAUUUCUCUGACAUCUUCACAUCCCUGGCAGAACAUAAACUACAGAGGGCAUUUUAAAUGAACACCAGCGAUACUCUAGGGCAGCUGUGCCCAAAUGUAGGAAUCCUGUGGAUCACUCAGAAAUCAGGCAAAAAAACAUCUGUGGCCCACCAGUCUAUCUUAUCACUGCUGUAUGAUCAAUUAUAUCAUAUAUCGUGCAGAUGUGUAUUCGAUGUAGACAUCCAAAUCCAUCACAAGUAGGCCUGUUUGACAUUAAGGGAUUAUAAUAUAAGCUCGUGAAGUUGAAACGAUUCACAACUUGAAAACUUGGAAAAACAACUUCUGGCUUGCACCUGCAAAACAUUUUACGACCACCUGAGGGUCGCGUGCCACACUUUGGGAAUCGCCUGUCUUUAUUCAUAUAGGGGCUCAGCGGGCUCGCCGGCUUUCUUCUUCACGCCCGAGUUUGUCAAGUAGGCCACAUUUCAAAACACGAAACGAAACUGGUCGAGUGCUGUGUGCCGCACCGUGGACAGAAUGAUAAAGAUGAAUGGAUGGGGAUAAAUGAAGGGGGUUGUCUGUGAUAAUGGGCCUGACACGUUGAUUUGCUUCAUAAACUAGCAUGCAGAUUACUCUCUUUUGCCAGAAACUGUGAAACACCUGCACUUUAUAAAGGUGUGUUGCCUCGGUAAACUACACCUUAAAUACACGAUGUUCCCAGAUUUGGAGCAAUGUCCGGCCCGGCGUUUUAAACUGUGAAUGUUCUAAUGGUGACGUUAAAGUUAUACAUUUGUUGAUUAAUAAAGCAAAAUACGUGUAAACCAGUGAAUUUAUUAUUCGAAAUUAAAUUGUUUGGUGUUCUUUCUUUUCUUCUUUCUUUUUGGUCCUCCCCAAUUGUGUCGGGUCAGUUACCCCACUCUCCCGAGCCGUCCCGGUCACUGCUCCACCC